AUGGCGUUCGCACGCCUCCUCAAGGCUGUCGCCGCCCUCACACUCGUUUCUUCGAUCCAAACAGUCGCCGCCGACGGCGGUUCCAGCAGCUCCAUCUGCGCAUCCUCGUCCAAAUGCAUUCCAUUCACUAUUGACCUGACUUGGGCUCCGACCGACCCCAGCAAAGGCAUCUCCCGCAAUGCCAUCCUCACCAACGGCUCUCUCCCCGGUCCUCCAUUGAAGAUGAAGGUCGGGGACUGCGUCGACUUUGUCGUCCACAACAACAUGCCCAAUGCUACGGGCAUCCAUUUCCAUGGUAUUCGCCAAAACGGUACCCCCUGGGCAGACGGUGUGCCCGGUGUCAGCCAAUACUCCAUCCAGCCCGGAACAAGCUACAUGUACCAAUGGACUGCAGUCGAGUCUGGCAACUACUUCUACCAUGCCCAUUACAAGGGACAGAUGAUGGACGGUCUCUACGGGGCCAUCAUCAUUGCUCCCGCGGAUGAUGCCGAGACGCCCUUCAGCCAAAUCAGCAGCACGCAGUCCGAUGUGGAUGCCAUGACCGCAGCUGCGCUGGCUGUCGAGCCUGUCUUUGUUACCGACUGGAACCGAUACACCUUCAACGAGUUCUUCGAGGUCGAACAGACCGCCAACGUCGACUGGGCCUGCAGUGACUCCAUCACGUUGAACGGUUUCGGCUCGCAGUACUGCCCGUCCAUUGCCGACCUCACUGCUGAUGCUGCCCCUCAGGAACCCCUGGUUCUCAACGGCACCUCUCUGACUGCCAAGGGCUGCGUUCCUCCCAACAAUGCUGCGAUCCAAGGUGGCCAGUACUUGGCUCUCCAGAACCUUGCCGCCCUGCCCGCUGAUGCCUACGACACCUGCAUUGGAUACGGUGGCUCGAACUUCACCUACUCGGUCAACCCCUCCAACGGCUGGGCUGCCAUGACCUUCAUCAGCCCUGCUGGUGUGGCUUUGGUCAAAAUCACCAUUGACAGCCACAAGCUGUACGUGUAUGAGAUCAACGGUAACUACAUUGUUCCUCAGGUCGUCGACCAAUUCGGUCUCAGCAACGGUGACCGCGUCUCGUUCUUCGUCAAGCUGGACCAGACCCCGGGUGACUACACCAUCCGCGUUGCCAACGAGGGUAUUAACCAGGUCAUCUCCGGCUUCGGUGUUUUGUCGUACCAGGGUGGUGGCAACACCCCCUCGGGAGUGUCCGUCAUGAACUAUGGCGGUCAGAAUACCACUGCCAUCGUGCCCCUGAACAACGCUCUUGCCGCACCUUUCCCCGCCAACACCCCGGCUCCCAGCGCUGAUGUCAGUUUCAUCCUGGACAUCCAGAAGUCUCCUGUUCAGCCGACCGAGGCCUGGGCCUGGACUCUCUCUGGCACCGACUCCUACAACAUGACCAGCGAUGAUGACACCCCGCCUCUUCUGUUCCAGAGCCCCUCCAGCAUUCCCACCAGCGACCUGAUCUUGGAAACCAAGGACAACCAAUGGGUUGACUUGAUCAUCAAGGUGCAAGGCCCCGUGGCUGAGCCGCAUCCUAUCCACAAGCACGCCAACAAGUUCUACAUGAUUGGCGCCGGUGUGGGCGACUUCAACUUCACCAACGUGGCUGAUGCCAUCACUGCCGGCUACCCCUUCAACUUGGUCAACCCUCCUUACGUUGACGGCUUCACCAGCAUUCCCGCUGAGGGCAACAACACCUGGAUGGUCUUCCGCUACCAGGUCAACACUCCCGGUGCUUGGCUUCUCCACUGCCACGUCCAGUCUCACUUCUCGGGUGGUAUGGCCGUCGCCAUUCUCGAUGCCAUUGAUGCAUUCCCCACCGUCCCAUCGGACGUUGGUAAGGUCUGCCCUGGCUCAGGCACCAGCACCUACCCUGGCAACAGCACCUCGGGCACCCAGGUGCAGAACGAGGGUGCCAGCACCACCAGCAAUGUGUCUACAUCAUCCUUUACCGGUGCGGCAUCGUCGGUGAUGGUGUCGUCAGGCACCUUCGCACUUGGUCUUCUCGCGGUCGCUUUUGCUCUGUGA